CAGCCGGACACGAGCAAUACAAAAUUCAUUUCACUGUCAGUUUGCUCUGGCGGGUCAAGUUAUUUUGUGAUAUCUUUUAUUUUUGGAUUUGGCCAAUCGAGGAAUAUUGAACGAAAAAUUACUACAAAUAUCACAGGCAAGACAUGGGGUCUGAGAUACCAAUUUGGCUGGACGCCUCUUACGUGCAGAAGAUCUUGCGCAAUAUUGAAAUCGAUGAUUCCGUCGAAGUGAAAAAUUUUAGAGCAAAGUCAGCUACGGUCAAAGGAGAAAAUUACCUGAGUGAUAUUUACCGCGUUACCUUUGAUGUAAUUGGCAAUCCGCGAAACUCGACGGACAAUAAAAGCCAGAAGUCUUGGAUCGCAAAAAUUUUACCAAGUGGCGAUUUUUGCAAGGAAAUGAUAAUCGACGCGAAGUUUUACGAAACCGAAAUAUCGAUGAUGAGAGAAAUUAUGCCGAGGAUAGACGCGAUUCUUGGCCAAAUAAAUCCCACGACAUUCGCAGCGCAGCAUUUACAUUCCGAUACGGAGCCUGUCAUUCAUCUCGUAAUGGAAGACCUCAGGCAAAAGGGAUUCGAACUCAACGAAUCUCGAAAAGGUCUCGAUCUACAACAUUGUUUGCUCGCACUUCGCAAACUCGCGAUGUUGCACGCGAGUUCGGUGGCUCUCGCGGAAGAGGAUCUCCAAUGCGUCGCAGGAUUUAAACGGGGUCUGUUCCAUAAGGAUCAUCCGGCUUCAGAAGUUGCGUUUUUGACCUUGUGUUGCGAAAGCCUGGGCAAAGAAACGGCCAAAUGGCCCGAGCUAAGUCCCGGGAUUUCCGAAAAGAUUAUGAAAAUGUCAAAAGUUCUGUACGAAAAGGCGGCUGAGGCUGUUUUAUUCCGAGAAGAUGAUUUCAACGUACUGAACCACGGAGAUUAUCGUUCGAAUAAUAUGUUGUUCCUGUACGACGAACAGAAAAAUCCCAUCGAUCUGAAAUUCGUGGAUUUUCAAAUGUGCGCAUACGGUUCGCCAGCUGUUGAUCUCCUCUAUUUUCUUGGCUCAACUCCGGCCGACGAAUUACGCGAGCAUAAACGGGAAUUAUUGUUGCGCGAGUAUCAUAAGACGCUAUUGAGCGUAAUGGAUGAACUCAAUUGCAAAACUAAACCGCCGAGUUUCGAAGAACUGUCGAAGUCACUGGAAGAACGAAUGUUCUACGAAGUCGCCAUUGCCUGCGUCAUUCUGCCGCUGAUCCUGGUAAGCAAGGACGAUCAGCAAAGCAUUAACGAAAUGAUGCAGGCCGACGGAUCCUUGGACAGUCCCGGCUGCAAAGCCGAGACAUACCGGAAAGUGAUGACGAGGCUUUUACCUUUGUACGACAGUAUGGGAUUGUUGGACUCGUGAAUUAAACAUACUUUACAAGUGGUUGUUUUAUACGAA